AAAAUUGCAUAAUUCAAAAGGCAUUUUGAUACGUCAUAGACAUUUUUAGUUAGAUCAGUAUAGUGGUGUAGCUACUUAGUUGUCGAGGUGUCUAAUUAUUCUGAAAGAAAAUAUCGCAUAUACAAGGAAUGAUUAAAUAAUAUCUUUUGAUAUUCUUAACACAACAAGCCAGUGGCGGAGCCACAUUGUCAUUAGGGGGUUCAUUCGAAUUUUUUUCGGUGGAAAAUUAUAUUUUUUUUACAUGGUCAAAAUAAUUUUUUAGGUAUAUGUAGUAGAUGUCAAACCCCCUUCAACUAUUUCGUGUGUCUAUUUCUAUAAUUUUUGAACUCCUUACUGAUAAUUUUGACUCUGACACUGCAACAAGCUAUUGUAGGGUAGUAAUUUCAGAUGCUUGAAAUGAAACAGUGCUUGCGUGUUUGUGUUUGGAUCUCACAAGCAUCAAAUGUUUUCUCCACUUUUGUUGUGUUAUUUCUGAUGAAGUUUUUAACUCCGGCAUUAGAUUACAAGAUUUCGAAGUUAUUUCAUAAAUUUCGUUUGUUCGGAGGAGGGAAGAUAUUUUUAGAAUGUGAUAGUGUAUGGUACUACUGCCUUGUUUUGUUUUUGGGUACAUGUAUGGUACUACUGCCAUAUUUAUGAAACAUUUAAUAAUAGUGCAAUUUAUUAUAAAAAUAAAAGUAAUAGUAAUGUACAUAUAUUGGAAUUUCGGCUUGGAUCCUAUAAAAGAGGUUGUAGUCUCACGGACUUGAAGAAACACAACUCUGUCUCUCCAAAACUUUUCUCUUUCAUUCAUAUUUCAUCACACAACAAGAACAACAACACUAGCAAGUAUUUGUUGAGAAACAUAGGAUUACGAGUUUUUGAUUCCUUACCCCUUUUUUUUUUAGACCAUAUGGUAUUUCCCUUUAUUGUCCACUCAACCUUUUUAACCCUCACGCUUACACUAAAUCCUUUUUAGCUCUUCUUUCUUCCUUAGAGGUUCACUUUGUUAAAAGGGUUUUGCUUUGUUAUCACCUUCAAAACUUUGUGCUCCGUUUCUGUGAAGCUUGUGGUGCUCCUUCUACUUUCUUCUUUUCUUUUUGAUCCCUUUAACACUAUAUAUUCCAUCUUUUAACGAACCUUGCUCCUCUUUUUGUCAGAUGUCUUUGGUUCUCUCGUUCUCUUUCAAGCUUCCCUUUGACUAUUCCUUUCCUUUUUAAUACCUUCGCGCAGUGCCACUCUCAAAACAUUGUCAUCCUUAUUUUUAGUUAUUUCUGUUUUUACUUCAAAAAUAUGGAUCAUCACAGUUCGCUUUGUCCGAUCAAAUAUACCGAACACAAGAGAACAAUCAGAAAAGUUACUAAACCUUCCAUUAUUAAGCCUAAGAAGGUAUCAGAUAUUCGGAAAUCCUCGGAGUAUAAUCCGACUAUUCCGAGGACUGUACGGAUAUGUGUUACUGAUCCAGAUGCAACUGACUCUUCAAGUGAUGAAGAUGAGCUUUUUGGGCGUAAACGUGUGAAAAGAUACAUUAGUGAAAUCAGUAUUGAGAGUCAAUCAAUUAAUGAUGUGAAAACUUUGAGUAGUGGUAAUGGGAAGAAGCGAGUAGCUGAAGGUUCGCAAGCGAAGCAGAAGGCGUUGAAAGGGAAGGAAGUGGUGCAGCUACCGGCUGAUAAAACGGUUCGGAAGUUCAGGGGAGUGCGUCAACGGCCGUGGGGUAAAUGGGCUGCUGAAAUCAGAGACCCAGCGCGUCGCGUUAGGCUCUGGUUAGGUACUUACGAUACUGCUGAAGAAGCUGCUAUGGUUUAUGAUAAUGCAGCUAUUAAGCUCCGUGGACCAGAUGCUUUAACUAAUUUCAUCACUCCUCCAAUAAAAGAGAAGCCGGAAGUCAAUGUGGCUUCGAAUUCGGGCUACGAAUCUGGUGAUGAAUCACACAAUCUUUCUUCUCCUACCUCUGUUUUGCGGUUCAGAACUAGCGAAUCCAGUGAAGAAGCAGAACAACAAAGUGUGUCCGGGUCCGAACCAAUUCUCCAAGACAUAAAAGAAAAUUGCACAGUAUUGGUGGAAGAACCAAACAGUGAGCAAAACGUCGAACACCUUGAGUGCCAAGGCGAGACACUUACAGUCAUACCAGACUAUUCAAAUGAGUACUUACCCACAGACGUUUCCUUCUUAGAUGAUUAUUUCAACUUUGCAGAUGCAGAACAGUCACUGUUUAACGACACAACAAGUUUCACCAAUGAUGAUCUGUUUUCGUCUUGGGAUUUCACAAAUGACUUUGUGUUAGACCCAGAGAUUUGCAAAUAUGAUGAUUCAUUUCUAGACUUGGGUGCAUUAGAAGUGGAUAAUUAUUUCAAAGACAUUGGAGAUUUUUCCAGUGUUGAUGUACUAAUGGCGUUAUAGUUUUCCAAUCUACCAUUCAUUGUCUCCAGAUUGCCAGAGCUAUUGGCAAAAUUUUGUCUACCGGCGACAAUGAGAAAUCGACUAGUAUAAAGUUGUUUGUUUUUUAUUCUCCGUUUAAAGUUAACGGAGUGAAAUAGUAGAUUGUUAUUUUGAUAAUAAGUAGUGAGGCCCCUCUUCUGCAGUGUUUCAAUGUAGUAGUAAUGUUUUUACAUGAACUAAAUAUGAGAUGCUUAAUGUUCACUGAAA